AUGGAUCUACUCCCAACCAACCCCACACACAACCCCCCCAAAACCACAACCAUGUCCGCCCCCAACGCCGGUCGCCAGUCCCCCGAGCCCGAGCGCCAAUCCGGAGCGCAAGCCGGCCAGACCUCCGACAACGUCAACAGCCAAGGCGCAGGACCCAAGGAGGGCGCUGAGAAGGCGAGCGACAACACCAAGGACAGCCUGAGCAGCAACCCCCAGCACACUCUUGAGAAGCAUGCUGAGGAGACUACGAGCAAGAAGGUUUAA